UCAUCACGAGGAAGGACCUUAUGAUCAGGGACAGGUGUAAUUCCGGCAAGCUAUCAUAGCUCAUAUCUUCCCCUGAAGAGACCGUUGAGCUGAUAUAGAAUUUACGUUGGUCCCCCCCGGUGAUUCAUCAGGACAACUUGCUCGCUAUGUACACUCUCAACAUCGUCCACACGAUAGACAUCAAGAUCACUCAGGCGCUCUCCGUUACCGCCGCCGCAACACCUGCGCCAAAUGAAUCGUCCAGCCAGCUUUCUCAGGCUGCAGGGCAGACAUAUGGCGACGUUUCUGCAGCUAUCGCGUUACUGCGCGCUUACAGUCCUGUCGCCGGGGAUCACUUCUACACGACCGAUGCAGUCGAGAUGGCAAACGCAACCGCCAACCUAGGCUACUCGUCUGAAGGCACGGCCUGCCAUGUUCUUGCGUCCGCUGUUGGCGAGGCCAUUCCGCUCUAUCGCAUGUAUAGUCCAAGCUCAAGGGACCACUUCUACACCAUGUCCAAGGAGGAGGCGGACAAUGCCGCGAAGAACUACAGAUAUAUCAACGAAGGCAUCACCGCAUAUGUCUGGCCUUCACAGAACUAUAGCAGCGUCCCGCUCUACCGCAUGUACAGUCGCAGAGCUGCCGAUCACUUCUAUACAACGUCGAAGAGCGAGCGAGACAAUGCCAUCACUAACUUGGGAUAUGUGGACGAAGGCAUUGUGUGCUACGUAAAUUUAUGAAUGAGUCCUAGGCACGCUACAAAUUUCGUACUUCACAAUACUUUUCUUUCGAGUCUUUUGGUCUGCUGUUCCGGCAGUUGUUCGGUUCUUAAUUUGGUUCCUGCAAUGAAUCAUGGCACGCUUGCGUCAUCUUUGCAUAAACUUAGUUAUCAGUUACUAAUUCUAAGAUUCAGGAAUCAGCAGUCACAAAAAGCUGUGCCGGACAUGACGAUCUUUUCUCCCGGUACAAUGUGUACACGCUGCC